GAAGCCAAACUUUUGAACAAUCUUGUUCAUCGUAACAUUGUAGAGUUUAAACGGAUCUGUGACGACGAGUACGCGCUACUGCUAGAAUAUGUAUAUUUUGAUUUUAAGCCGUUCGGUCUAAGGGCUAAAGUGAACUGUUUGGCGGAUCUCCUCUUGAACUUGGACAAAAACUCGUGCGCAAACAUAGACAAACAAGUGUUUUAUCGGGCAGCUAGCGACGUCGCGUCUGGACUACAAUACCUACACGAAAGUGGCAUUACUCACAGAGAUUUAAAGUCUGCCAAUAUUUUAGUCUCAAACCAGCAUUAUUGUCAGCUAACCGACCCUGCCAAAAUUGAAGAAAUCAGCCAUAAGACACCUUUGAUUUGCAAACUUACAGAUUUUGGAGAAAGCAGAUCGCAAGAUAUUCGCACCAACACUAUUCUUUAUUCCAAGACAAAUCAAGUUAACAGGGGAACUCCGGUUUUCAUGGCUCCGGAACUUUUAGUAAACGAUUUUCAGUUGCCUGCCGCGUCAGUUGAAGAUUUAAAGAAAGCAGAUAUAUGGGCGUAUGGAAUGGUGUUGUUCAAUUUAAUAAAUCCUGGUUUGAAGCAUCCUUUUCAGAUCAAUAUAAAGAUGAAGCAGGCUGGAAAAUCCCUGGAAGAUUUCUUGAAGGCGAAACAAAAGCCAAUAGCCCAGGAGAAAUAUGUAUUAAAGCAGAGUAAUGAAUGGAAGCGUCUUGCGGAAAUCUACGAAGCCUGCACAGAAUUCGAGCCAUCAUUAAGGCCAAGUGCUAAGGACGUUUUUGACAGUCUACAAGUUAAUUUGAAAAAUCAAUUUCAGUCAGUUGAGAAAACAACGCCAACGGAGCAAAUAAGCAGGUACGUAGCCAUUGUAUUAGUAUAUUCUAGGACUAACUAUAUAGUUUAAACUAUAUAAUUAUACAGUAUUACUUCCGAGGUAGUCAGAGUCUGCGCGGUAUUUUUGUUCAAAAAAAUUUAACUUUUUGCCAGCAGGUGGUAUAGUCUUUUGACCCCCGUGUGCUCUAUAAGUUUGAAAGCUCUUAACUUCGGUUCAGUGUACGCUAUCAAGAUAAACGUACAACCGUUCGAAUUUUCUAGUUUAUAUCAGCUCAGUCGUCAGCUAAAUUUCUGUAGACUAGUAGACAACAUAAAUCAUAAUACGCGGGAUUCAUAACCUGCGUGAAAGUAAAUUAAAUAUAUAAUUUCGUUGAUAACUUUUCUUUUGUGAAAAGUCUUGUUUUGGCAAUACCACCAUCGAAAUCGUCGUCAAAAUCUCUCUUCAUAGAUAUAUUUCCUGGUCCAUAACUUCAAAAUUCAAGGAGAACCGGCAGUUUUGGUAAUUUCGACUGUGUUGCUAAGGUGUCAAAAUAUAAUUUUUGCCGACGCCGAAUCUAGAGUACUACUGUACUAGUAGAGACUAUGAUUUUGUCGGUUACUAAUUUCAGUGUAUUUUAUAUCAAGAUCAAACUAGACCAGCCUCAGAAUCAGCAUGCAAAUACUAGUAAUAUAAGCUAGAUUUUUGUAGUAUAGAACAUAAUACAAGCGAUUCAUAGCCGUUUGAAACUAUAACACCUAAUUAUAUAUUCAUAACUUUUCUUCGUCUCGUUUUUCGUUCAUAUCUUUUUCGUCUGUUAAAUAUCUUGUUUUGGAAAUACAACCAUUGAAAACGCUGACAAAUUAUCUCGGUUUAACAGCCAGUAAUGUCAGUAAUACACUUAAACUUCAUGAUAUUAUUGCUCAAAACGAUGUUUUACUACACAUCGAGCCACCUCAAUAUUUCAUUUUGUGGGGAAGGGGGGGGGGAGGGGGAUUUCUAAAAAAAGUUCUGAAUUACCACAUAAAUCUGAAUAAAAUAGGGUCAGGGGGAAUUGAUCCAAAUAAAAAAAAAUCCUUGGAAAUUCCUCUGAUGGUGAAAACAAAAGAUUUAUGGUUGGAAAUGGAAACCUAAAUUUAAACAUUCUGUUCUAUGUUUAACAUUCUGUUCAACAAGUUCUAUGUUUUCUGUGCGCAAUCUAGUGAAUCUUUCAAAGUGCAGAGGCCGCAUCAUGACACAUCUGAUGAGUUCGAUGAUGAUAAUGAUAUCGAAAUACUACAUGAAAAUCAAGUUGAACAGGUGGUGUAUUAUAUAGCUUUAUAUCUUAGACUGAUUAUAGAUUCAUAUAAAUCGUAUAAGACUAAAUCUUAUAGCUCAUCUGGAAGACUGUUAUUUUCCAUAGUUUUUACAGCUCGAACAGUUUUUGUACUAAAAGAAAUUUUUGUACUAUUUUAACAUUUUCCUUUCGACAUAGAUAACGAUUGACGACUCGCCUGACGACAGCGAUACUUGCCAAAGUGAUUUGAAUGAUUUCAAUAAAAAGUAAGUAUACGCUAUACGUACACAAUCAGACUUUAAUUUUUAAUUCUUCCUUCGGCAGGGAUAAAUAUACAAAUCAUGAUUUAAAAAAUUGUUUCAUGAAAUAUAUCAAUGCUCCCCCAUGCACAAUAAAAUGAAUGUAAUCUUAGUUCUUGCCUAUAAUGGGCACGUAUACUCGUACCAUUCGGAAAUUGAUUUGAUCGUAUAGAUUUGACUUGUAUCUCUUUCUAACUCUCAAGAAAAAUGGUUGCAGAUGAUGUGGAGUCUGAUAGUUCUAAGACAUCGGAUUCGGAUAUUAGCAAUGACAGUUUACCACCUGCUUUUGACAAACCAACACAAAGCAACAGGUAAAUCUUGCAUGUUAUUCGGUAUAAUGUAUCUGAUGUAUAUAAGGAUUAAUUCGCCUGAUGCAACAAACACAAAACUAGGGGACCACCAAAAUAUGUUUGGAGACUGUCGGCGUCAACUACUGUUGGAAACUGCAAACUCUAAUGUAGCAACCUUGUAAGUACACAGCUCACAUUUUAUUUGCACUUGUCUUGCAUAUGGCGAAUUUGAUUAUGAACCAAAUAUUUGUCUUAAAAAGAGCAAAAAUCAGAUUGAAAUUGCACAAAAAUAAGGCUAGGGCGCUCAACAAUACAAAACAUUUCUGAGGGGAGGAUCCCCAUUUGCAUAAAGAAACACACCCCCCCCCCCAAAUGUGCAUACUUCGAAAAGUUACACCACUUUUUUUCCAUAUAUGUCAUAGUGAAGUCUCUAUCAGCAAUUGGUCGGUCUGAUAACAACACCCCCACCCCCCACCCCAGCUAAACUCUUCUCUCGAUGCUUAUGUCGAUGUCAAUCCGACAGUUGCAUAUUCUUUGAUGGCGUUUAGACUUCCAGGACAGCAUUAUAAUGGGGACGAAUCUCUCCCGGUAUACGAGUGGACAACGACAAUUAAAUGUCCAGCCGAAAUUCUGGAAACACUCCUGAAGCCGAUUGACGAUACUUUGAUAUGCAAGAAGGUUCCAACUGCUAUUCAACACAACGCAUGCUUUCUACUCGACCGAUCAUCACUGAAAAACGACAACGACUGGAAGUGCGACGAUCUGGGUUCGUGGAAAAACAACGGUGUUCAACGCCAGCGUUUUUGCCUUGAUGAAGGAGAGGUGUUGCCAGUUGACGUCGACGAUCCUUUGAAGGAAGGGAUACAGUAUAUCGUCAAAAGAACAUAUUUCAAGAAUAAUUCUGCUCCUGAUCUAAAAAAGUGUGCCUCGUUUAUAGAAGGUAAAAAAGCAGCAAUGCUUGUGCUUCACACAAAUUAACAGGAUAGCCCAUCCAUUAUGCUUCAGUCAAUUGACAACACAGCCCCCAACCCCCGGGAUAUAGCAGGGAAUUUAACAUCAACAAAGUGUUAAAAAAACAUUUAUUUAUUUAUAAAAAUUCUUUAUACAGGCGGCCAAUAUCACAUAAUGUGGUUUUCAAAAGGGUCCUGUGUAUAUACAUUAUUUCUCCCGUCCCUCGGGCUAGUCUGUUAAAACCCCGGCAUAGCCGGGAUUUAGUGGGAGAUCUUAGAGGGAGCGAGAGAAGGACUGAGGUUUAAAAGACUGCCGGUCAAAAUAUUCUUGAUAUUGAAAAAUUGAGAAUGACAUAUUGAUAUUUUAAUAAUGCCUCAGGACUUUGGUGCGUGUCAAAUUACCAAUGCAACUUAAGUUAUAAAAGGUAAAGUUUAUCCAAACAAUGGAAAUGACGAUGCCUGAUAAUAUUUGAGUAUUGAAAGCAACGGAUGGCUAAAGAUUGAACACUUUCUUGUUUUUAUUGACUCGCCCCAGUCCACAUCCUUUAAACCCCUGGUUUAAAUCCCGGCAUAAUUUAUACGGCCUUCAACCAAAAUCGUCGCUGAUUGGUCAGUUGUGUUUUUCCUUAGCAACGGGAUAGCAACCGAACUGGCGAUGAAAAUUUAGUGUAUUUUCUCGCCUUUCCUUGCUCAAAUUUGAGCCUUUUAAGUUUUUGUACAAGAUAGCACAAGUUUUAAUUCCCGACAACAAUAGUUUGUUUUUAUUUUCCUAUAUCACGAGGAGAAUGUUUUGAAAUAAUAUUUAUCGAAAUAAUAUAUUAAAAUUGCAUCCAAAUUCACAAAUUAAUAUACUAAAAAUGACUUAUACGACGCCCUCCCGGGCAUAGUACGUUGUUAAAUAGCGUUAAAUCCCCGCUAAAUUUUGUUAAUUCCCCGCAAUGUCCCGGGGGUUGGGGGGCCAUGGUGUCAGUUGACUGAAGCAUUAUGCGAAAAUGUAGAAAGUUUUGCGAAAUCAUGCAUAUCAACAUUUGUAGUUUUGUGAAGAUAAGAUCAUGAAAAACAGUGAUGAUAAUGGGAACAUAUGUAAAAAACGUAAUAAUUCAUAGUUUCUUCGCCCAUAGCUAAAUUUUGUAAAAAGGUGUUUCAAAAACUGUCAUUUGCAUAGAAUGUAUGUUAUAGCGUCUUUCCAUCGCGAGCAAUCAAUGACAUGAAAAAUCUCAGAAAUAUUACUCAUUUUUUGGCAGGUUUCCCCAGAUGGAUUUUCAUUCAGUAUCUCUUUGACGGGAAAGAGCAUUCAAUCGAACCCAUGGUGCAUGGAAACUGCAAGAGAAAACACUCUACUCCUUAUGUAAGAAUCAAGGAGAGCACAGUAAGCACGUUGAAAAGUAAAUCCUUGUCUCAAACUCCAAAGAACGCAUAUCAGGAUGCUCAAGAGGAGCAAGGUGGCGUAACGAAGGCUUCCUCAAUCAGUGAUCUACCCCGAAAUCGUGCACAGGCGAAAUACCACAGGCGCGGACAUACAAAUCCAAAGAGCUACGACAAUGUAGAUUCACUGCUAAUUCUUUUGGAACAGUGCAAGAGACAACAGCUGCAACGUGAUGAACAGCCGUUCAUACGGGAAGUUAUAGGAACUCCCGAAAUGCGAUGUGUCUUAGGGUUUGAUUGGCAGUUGCAUGACGUCGCCACAUUUUGUACAGAUCCGAACAAUGUUGUGCUGCACCCCGUGAACAAUAUUGUUAACAAGUUGUUCCGAGUUGUUCAAUCAUCAAUAUUGUUGCAAGUUGAUAACAUGAUUGUCAACAAGUUGCAACAACGUUGAUGGUUCAACAACAUUGUUAACAAUAUUGUUCACGGGGUGCAGCACAACAUUGUUCGCUCCUGUUGUGAACAACUUGCAUCAACAUGAUGAUUUUUACGCGUGUAAGCGAGGAAAUCUUUUGUGUGAAAAUCUGCGCACUAGUAUAUGAAAAUCAGAAAUUUUACAGCUGGUUUUCAAAUUCAAAUCUAUUAACAUAACAUUAACUUUUCGCCAAAGGACUUCUCGACGCCGAUGACGAGGACGACCUUCGAGCAAAACUACUCUCUUUAAAAGAAGUGUGGAACUCCAACGAACAACAGUACCUUCCAGAGGGGAAAACACCCAUCAGUAGUAGCAAGCAAAGCUGCUUGUUUAUAUGCAUGUACUUUUAGUUCAUGGUGUCUAACAUUACCUUCCACAUAUUUAUAGGUGGAAAUGAUGAAUGAGAGUAUGUUGAAGGAAGCUCGCAGGAAUGCUGGUUUGGGUGAUCCCCCUAUUCCAUAUUAUACGAACAUUCCCGAGUCCGCUAACGCUCUUAUAAAACGCGGUGUUAAUUUUCGACAAAACGAAAUUGCAGAUUUUUGCCAUGAGAUGGGCAUCUUACUCUCUCGACAAAAAGAGGAUGUGGAUUCCGCAGUUAUUAAUAAGGGUCCUUACCGUUUGGCACCUGCUUUUUCCUCCUUUGAAGUGUCACAAAGUGAUUGGUUUAAGAUGAAUACAAAACAACGGGAAGCGCAUCUAAAAAGAUUUCAUGCGAAAAGAAUGUCGAAUGAAGCAAAUAUAGAUUGCAUCCCCUCAACAGGUCGUGAUAACACAGAUGACGCAUGUUCAGACGUACCUCCUCCAGCGAAGCUGGUCCAACUUUCAGUCGAUCUGGGAGACGAAAGUAUCAGAUCUGUCCAACCGGCUGUCUUAACCUCCAUCACCGAAAAGGCUGAAAAACUCUUGAAUUGCGAAGGUUCAAUUGUUUGUGCUCCAGGCACGUCCGAUAAGAUCGCCUAUAUGGUGGAAAGCCAGACAUCGAAAAGACCGCACUAUGUGGAUGUAUGCAAAAACGGGAAAGUGACUUGCGAAGAGUGUCCAGCCUGGAAAGCGUCCAAGAUCUGUUCACAUGCUAUUGCUGUUGCAGAGAAAGUAGGUGUAACUGCAAAGUACUUAAAGUGGCUUCGCGAAAAAGGUCCUGCGAGAAUGAACGUAACCGCUAUGAUGACUUUCGACAGCAGCAGUGGUACUGGAAAAAAGGGAGGUAAAGCAGCCACAGCUCGACGCAAGGGUGGUAGAACUGCUAACCAACCGGAGGUCACAACCAUUAUUGAUCGGUCGUUUUAUGGGAAUGCCGGUAAUUUGUCUUCCGAUGGAUUAUCAGUCUCAACAGCCUCCCAGAUUCCAUCAUCUCCAGUUCUACCACCUCCCGUGGCUUUCCCUGGACCUUCACAGAUGGCGUCUUCUCAAACACUACCACCCUCCAUGGCUUUCCCUGGACCUUCACAGAUGGCGUCUGCUCAAACACUACCACCCUACCACCCUCCGUGUCUUUCUCUGGACCUUCACAGGUGCCGUCUGCUCAAACACUACCACCCUCCGUGGCUUUCCCUGGACCACCAACACCGAAGGUAGGAGAAUUUAUUUUAUAUCUCUUGCAGUUUUGCUCACCUAUG